GUUAGCGAUAACCCUGUUGGAAGGGGCCAAUCAUAAGAUACCGCAGGAAAACGGGUUACCGUUAGCGGCUUCGUUUGAAAGCUCUCAAGAACGCAGGAUGAUCCCGCGUUUUGCACCCAACAGCAGCCAGCUUCUGUUCAGAAGCUCACCUGCGCCCAAGAAAAGAAAGUGAACGUUGCAGAGUUGCACCAUUUCUGUCCCAAUGUGGGUUGCCCUCAUGUUGGCUUCAGGUGCUCAUCUGAACAAAGGGUGGACGCGAUCUGGCAACAGGUAGCUGCAGAAUUGAGGAAUCUCUACUGCGUAGUGAGCCGUAGGAGAUGGCGGCGCUGGAAUACGGUGGCCCUGUGCCAAGCAUCUCAGAGAUUCUGCACAAGGCUAUCAAUGAGCGUGUGUUCCCUGGAGCGGCUGUUGCAUAUGGGGACUGCGGAGAAAUGUGCUUUUCUCACGGCUAUGGUACCUACACAUUCGAGUCGAACCUGAAGGCCUCCGAGCAGUCGCUGUGGGAUGUUGCAUCAUUGACAAAGAUUAUGGUGACAGUCCCCGCUAUCAUGAUCCUCUACGAGCGUGAUUUGAUUGAGUUGGACGCUCCGGCCGCGCGCUACCUCCCCGCCUUCGGCCAGCACAAGAAGGGCCACGUGACUGUGCGUCAGCUGCUGACGCACACGGCAGGCCUGCGCGAGUUCUACCCGUUUUACGACAUGGGCCUGACGACGCGAGAACAGAUUCGGAAGUUCAUCCUGGCCGACAAGUGCUGGUAUCCCCCGGGCACCACCAAGUACAGCGACCUCUCCAUGAUCGUGCUCGGUUGGAUCGUCGAGGAGAUCACCGGGCAGCCGCUGGAGGCCUUCGUUAAGAAGGAGCUGCACCAACCGCUGGGCAUGCACGACACCCAUUUCCGACCAGUGGGCGAAACCGACUUCGACAUUCGGGUUAUUCCAACCGAGGUCGACCAAGGGUUCCGCAAGCGGCUGCUCUGGGGAGAAGUGCACGACCCUACGGCGUACCUGUUGGGCGGCGUCGCUGGACAUGCGGGACUAUUUUCCACCGCCAAAGACAUCGCUCGGUACGCCCGGAUGCUGCUGGCGGGCGGCGUAGACCCGGCCAGCGGGCGGCGCUUCUUCGAGGAGAGCACGCUGCGAUUAUUCACACGGCAGCAGCCGCCGACGGAGCUCAGCCCGCGGCCCUUCGCACUGGGCUUUGACACGACGACGCGGCGGGCCCUGGACAACUACACGUCAGGGGGGAGCUUUCUGGGCCGAAGAGCCUUUGGGCAUACCGGAUUUACAGGCACGUCCCUGUGGAUCGACCCGGAGCGCAACGUUUUCGUGGCGCUGCUGACAAACGCGGUGCACCCGAGCGCUGGAUCGCUCUCCGGGGCGAAGAUUCGAGAAGUCCGGCCCGCAGUCGCCGAUGCCGCCGUCUUGACACUCGAAGCCCUUCCUUUCCAGAGGGCAAGAUUGAUGUGGUACGAUCUAGCACUCCCGGAACGGGGGGCUGAAAUGGGCGCUGAAUCGGACCCCCAGCCCGCGGGCCUCAUGGCGUCUUUUGCAGCCGGCCCUAGCGUGGUCGAGCUGCCGGAAAGUUCACCCCGGGGGGGUGAGACGCCUGCGCCGGUAGACUUCCUGAGUGUGGGCGCAUUUGCGAGGGUCGGAAGCGCAAUGCAAAAUGUUCGGGGGGUGCCUGUGACGAGAUUGGGAGAACGGACCGAGGCCCAUUGCUCCGUCAACGAUGGGUUGAAUGCGGUGUCGAUAGGUAGUUCUCGAGAACCUGCGGAUCAAGAAGUGCUGCCAUCGCAUUCGGAUCUAGACUCCUCGUUACUUUCUAGGAACCAUUCCUCGGCUGCUUCUAGAGACAGCCCCAGUGUAGCCGGGCAAAGCGGGGCUGAUGUUAUCCAAAGUUUCACCGUAGAAACAAGCCGAACUAUAUCCCAAAGUGACGCAGCCAUUCAUUCAAGACUUAGAAAAGGUGUGGAGAAGAAAGUCUCUCGUUCAGGGGUGUCCCUAAUGGGCGUGAUGGCUAGGCACGUGGCAUCGGCUGCGGUUGUGGGGAUGGCCAUUAAAAUCAUAUGCUGACCAACUAUCAGACAUAACCGCCUCGUUCCUUACUUCAUCAAAAGGAGACAGAAUUCUGCUUCCGAGCAAGGUAAUAGUCGUAAGUGAAAGGCGGGUAGAGAUCUCAAGAAAGAAGGGACUCAAUGUACGUCUUACUUUGUAGAAGGCGACAAAUUGAACUGCUGCCGUCUUUCACUACUGUUUCGAUAUGCUGCCUGUAUCACAC